AUGCCUGUUGCUGCGAUAUCCGCGGGCACCCACCGGUUGGUGCAGAGGGCCCUUGCGGAGAUGCCUCGUGCUCUUGGAGGAGCCGCGCAGUCCACACUCGGGGAUGACGACCGUGUACCCAAAAUUCCCCCGCCGGCAGCAGCCGUCCUGCUAGCUACUGUCGUGCUGUUUGUGCUUAUUCUAGCUAGUAUUCAAUACACCCUUGGCAUGGUGAUUCCAACCCUUGCUGUCCUCGAAGAUCCCCGUGCGGCCGUUUAUGUUCCCGUCCGCGACCACGAUGACAAUAGUAUGCCCAAGAACCAGCCUGGAGAGGCAACUGAUCAUGAAAGUCUGAUGCCCGCCGGCCUAAUCACCGCCAAAAUCAGAACAACGCUUAGGCAUCUUCGUGCCCGUGGAGGCCGUCUAGCUCCAUUCCGCGGAUUAGGAAUUUCUAUUGUCUAUUGCGUCUGCCAUUCUAUACUUACCGCUAUUUUCUCAUUGCACAUCUCUCGUGCUCACCUCUUGCUUCGAUCUUUUGCCGCGAUUGCGGCCCAAAUUGCGCUUUCUGGUCUGAUCAUAACAUGGGUACACACCGUUCUCACAGAGCCUUCUGGGAAUUCCCGCCCUUUCUGGAAACAUAUCCCUGCAUUUGGUACCAUCAAAAGAGUGAUGCCAGCCGUUGCCCUCCAAGCAGUCGCGUCACAGAUAUGCUUCCUUGUCCCCAUCUACUUGCACCUUGCCAUUCGUGGAGUUCCUUUGGACGACCUUUCCAAGUUUCCUCAACCAGAUACACCUACACCUGGAGCUAUAGCGGGCGCAGCUGCCACACUUUUGCUUCUUCUGGCCCUUACCGUUCUUAUCGAUGUUCCAGCAAGUGUCACCAUGGUUCGAGUGGCUGCUUCAACACUUUCCCCUGACGUAGAUACGAUUGUGCCGUUCGAUAGGACCUUUAAUGGAAAGGUUGAGCCGGCAGUACUAGGCGGAGGCUGCCUUGGCUUGCUGGAUGCGUGGAAAGACUUCGGCUGGUCUUCGCGCAUCCGGCUUCUUAAACUGCUCGGCAAACUUGUGGCCAUCACAGCAUUCGUCACUCUUAUUUUCGUCCCAAUAUUGUGGGCGGAGAUUAUUACAUUUGCUAGAGUGUUUCGUGAUCAGAACUAG